AUGUACACUUUGACCCCGGUAACUCAUCCAACAGCAGACACAAGGCAUCCUUUGCUGCUAUUGCAAUCUCACCAUGGCGAUAGGUACUUCUUUGGUAUGGUAGCAGAGGGCUCUCAGCGUAGUUUGACAGAAGGAAAAGUCAGAAUUUCCAAGUUACAGGAUAUCUUUUUAACAGGUCAGCUCGACUGGAGUAGCAUUGGCGGUUUGCCCGGAAUGAUCCUUACUAUUGCUGAUCAGGGAAAGGAUACUCUCAACUUACAUUAUGGAAGUGAUGUAUUGAACUACAUUGUUUCUACCUGGAGGUAUUUCGUUUUUCGAUUUGGUCUAUCUUUGAAGACUAAUAUCAUGAAUGAUCAAGAGAUAUAUAAGGACUCCAUUUUGUCAGUUAAAUCAAUCAUAACUUGUAUGAGUACUGAACAGAGUAACAAUUUCACAGAGAAAGAAGAGAGUGUUCUGCGAUCGAUUGUGGCCAAUAUGUUUCCCAAAAAUGCACCUACGAGCAAGUAUGAUCCCUCUUCGGACCCAUAUCUAAAUGUUGAGCUUCCAAGGCUAUCUCAUACUCCAAAAAUUUCGACAAGUUAUGAAGUUUCCUUUCACCCAGUUAGAGGAAGAUUUAAGCCAGAAGAAGCCGUCCGCCUUGGUGUGCCAAAAGGGCCCUCUUUUGGUAAGUUGGCAUCAGGCCAAACCAUAACUUUGGAAAACGGUGAUGUGAUCACACCUGACCAAGUUCUCGAAAGGGAGCGUCACUUUCCCAAAAUAUUGGUUUUAGCCAUUCCUGAUGAUAGCUACAUUCAAAGUUUCCAUGAAAAGUUUGAGAACUAUGAUUGUCAAGAUUUGGGUAUUGUUUACUAUUUCUUGGACGCAGAUGUCACUAUUAAUGAUGAUUUAAUCAAGUUCAUGGAGAGAUUUGGGAACACGGUCCAACAUUUCGUUUCGCAUCCAAAAGUUUGCCCCAAUAGCAUUGUCUUUAGAGGAGCCGCCAUGAUUGCAUUGAAGCUGAAAGCUAUGCAGCAGGAUAGUUAUAACUUACCUAGAGAAGAGACAGUGCUCUCAAAGGAAUUUUUCGAAUGUUUUCAAAAGGAAGUCGUCGACGGGACGACACUACAACAAUCUCAAGAGCCACCGCUCACAUCUAGUAUUCCUAGCGAUCAAGUCCACGUAUUCUCGCAGAACAAGGAAGUUCAAAUCGAGUCCUUCACAAAGGGUGAAGAGGAGAUGAAGAUAAAGCUUGACUUUAAGCCUCUAAGACCUUUUUCGUGGCAACAUGCAUACAAGAAGCAUGUUGAGCCUCUAAAUCUGCGUCGCGGCUCCUUCGAAAAGGUCAUCGGUAGUCAAAUCAACACCGACAAUUUCAACACUGCCGAUAAAAGGGCAAACGUUGAAAUUGUAACACUAGGAACCGGGAGCGCCUUGCCUUCGAAGUAUCGGAAUGUUGUCUCGACGUUACUCAAGGUCCCAUACAAAAAUGCCGGAGGAGAACUACAAAACCGAAUGAUUUUGUUGGAUGCUGGUGAGAAUACCCUAGGGACGAUAAAGAGGAACUUUUCAUCCAUUGCGAUUCGAAAUAUCUUCCAAGAUUUGGGCUUGAUUUAUCUUAGUCACUUGCAUGCCGAUCAUCAUUUGGGUAUAAUAAGCAUUUUGAAUGAGUGGUACAAACACAACAAACAUAGAGAGGAAAGUAUUUUGUACAUUGUGACACCCUGGCAAUAUAACAAAUUCGUUAACGAAUGGUUACAAUUGGAGGAGCCCCACCUAUUGAGUAAAUUAAGAUAUGUCAGCUGCGAGCAUUUGAUAAAUGAUUCAUUUCUCAGACGAGAGACCAAGCCUUUAGAUCUCGAUCAGUACCUUAACGUGGUCGGAUCAGAUGCUAGGAAGAGGCGUAAACUCGAAACGGAUACGAAUUCCUCCUUCAGGCAGGUGGAAGAUAUAAAAGCUAUGUUUAGAGGUCUGAAUAUAGCCGGUUUCCAGACUUGCAGAGCCAAGCAUUGUAACUGGGCCUACUCUAACUCCAUUUCAUUUUAUAUGAGCUCUACUUCAAGGAAGUUGUUCAAGCUUUCAUAUUCUGGUGAUACAAGACCGAAUAUUGAGAAGUUUUCAAAGGAAAUUGGCUAUCGCUCAGAUUUAUUGAUUCAUGAGGCUACGCUGGACAAUGAGCUAAUCGAAGAUGCAAUCAAAAAGAGGCAUUGUACCAUCAACGAGGCUAUUGAAGUGUCCAAUGAAAUGAAAGCUGAAAAACUAAUCCUAACGCAUUUUUCCCAGAGGUAUCCUCAGGCACCUCAAAUUGAUAACAACAUAUUAGUAGAAGCCAAGGAAUAUUGCUUUGCCUUCGACGGCAUGAUAGUCGAUUUCGAGAAGCUUGGAGAGCAAAAGAGCAUUUUCUCUCAACUGAAUAAGGCGUUCAUCGAGGAGAGGAAGCAAGAAGAGGAGAGCGAAUGA